AUGAGUGGUAAAAAUUUUACGACUUUUAUCCCCGUUUGUUGGAUAAUUCUCCGUGUGUGCGUUGAUGUUGGGUUGGGCCAGGAAACCGGACAAGAUAAUACUUGGCGAGAGUGGGACUACCAUCCACCACACCGUAAGUGUAAGAUUCGUAAAUUAGACAAUCAAUUGAGUUCGGCAAAUCUGAGCCAAAAAAAUCAGUGUGACUAUGAACCCAAGUCAUCUGACCCACCUAGUUGGCUUCAGCACCAGCAGUCCACACUAUCUCAAGAUUUUUCUGUUAUUAAUUGGAAUGUAUCAACGCCACGAGAAAAUUUCAAACUUACUCUACUAAUGAUACCACAUGUGAAAAAUAAGACGGAAUGUGCUUGUGACCCUAGGGAAGAUAAUAAUCUGCUCCAAAAUACUCCUAACGAUGAGGACUCAUCAUUGUCUAUAAAAAAAGAUAUACCUGCUAAUGGUAUGUUUAUUGACAUAUUUACUGGCUGUUAUUAUUUUGAGAUGAAAAAUGAAGAAGAAAAAGGGUGGUUGUGGGGUCCAUAUUUUUAUAACACCACGAACCCUGUUCAUGAUCCAACCUUCAGAUGCGAUUAUGAAGAUGUUUCAAAGGUGGCUAUUGAAACGAAUCGGACAUUACCCUUUAACAUGACCAUAGCUUCAACCUGUUUUCGAUUGAAUCUCAUGUUGUGGGAAAUUGACAAAGAAAACUUAACAGAAGAUGGUGAUUUUGAUUUGACCACAUUACCGCCAUCGCAGAGGUGCGAAGUGGAAAUGAUUGAUUCUGACACAUUUAAGCUUACUGCUGUAGUCUGCUACCACUUGUUUGACAUGGGGAACAGGUACCAUGGGCAGCCUUCAAUGUGUCAGAAUCAAUCUAACGGCCCCAUGCGCAACAACUUGACUUUUCGAUGCCUGCGCAAUGACACAGACCUUAGACUUUGGUCGCAAGUGGCGUUUAAGAACUUGACUGGUGGUGCCUGGAGCGUUGUGGUCGAAUGGACAGGACUGAAAGAAGGUGCAGUUUGUCAUUUUGCAGAAUUUUCACAAACAUACAUCUCGAUACUGCCAGGGUGUGAUGAUUACCUAAAUGACUUUCUACAAUGGACAAAUGCUAUCGAAAUUGGGAGGACCAAGCUAUCUUGUUUCCGAGAUAAUAAAAAACCUGCAGCUGGCUGGACUCAUCUUGAGCUUGCAUCAACUUCAGUUGCUAUUCUCUUGGUAUCAAUAUUGCUCCUUUGGAUGUUCAAAUUUUUUCGAAUCCGACGUGGAGGAAACCACGUGGGAAAUGAUGUACCCUUCAACACAAUAAAUCCAUUACUGUACAAAGAUAAUCCCAAGAGAAUUUUAAUAAUUUACACAAAGGGACCGUCUUCGUUCAUGGAAGAAAUGAGAUCUUUCAGAGAUAAGUUAAAGCAAAGAUGCGGUUGUCCGGUUUAUGACUUGCAGUCAGACGAAGACAAUGAUUUAAAUGUUGAAUUUGGUUCCAAUGAAUGGAUUGACCGCUUAUUGAAACACGGCUGUAGGGUCAUUUGGGUUGACACCCCACAAUUCCGUUUGCUCGUGGAAAAUGAUGAGUCGCGUAUAAGGCUAGACGAGGACUAUACGGUUGACUUUCGUGAUACUUCAAUACCAUUUGCUCUUGCUACAGCCAAAACUUUAUAUCAGGACCCAAUCACACAAUAUCGCGACCACUUUAUUGUCCGCUGGACUGGUUUCGAAGUGACUGACGGACCUGAUGACCCACUUGCCGUAAUCUCACCGCAUACGCGUUUUCGGUUACCUGAGCAUUUUAAUGAACUGUGUUCACACCUGGGAGUUGAUCCUGAUUUUGAUUUUAUUCGAUAAGAUGGUAAU